GCCACAUGGGGAAGAGAACAUGAGAGCAACGCUUCAAUCACUUUCUCACACUUCUCCCUCUCUCUCUCUCUCCCCCUUUUUGUUCCCUUCCCCCAACUCUCCUCCUCGUCUCUCUCUCAUCUCUCUGCACACUUCUCCUCUCGACCACCAUAAAAAUCCCUUCUUUAAUCUCACGUACGUACGCACACUCCCCUCCUAUGCACAUUUCGCACCCCAAGCUCUCUUUUUUUUUAAUCCCUUCUCCCGAACCCAUUCCCCCACCAUAAACACAAGCGAAAUCCAGUAGCAAUCGUACCACCACCCAUUAAUUCCCCUCGCCCAUCAAGUUGGUUGAGUGCGUCCUCUUCUUCCUCCUCCGCCGCAUCUUUUCCCCCAAUUUUUCUGCUUUAAUUGCACGGCAUUUGCUCGAAUUAUUGCCUAGAUCUCGUAGGAAGUUGAUAUGUAGAGGAAAGGCGCCUCCUUUUAUCUUCAAAGCCCUAGUUUUUUGGUAGCCGAAGGUGGUGGGAGGAUGGAGGGGAGGAUGAGGAGAUACGGGGCGCGAUCGAGCCCCGAACGGACUAGGGUUUGGGUGGAGCCGCAGCCGCCGCCGCCGAUGGCGAUGGCGAUGCCGAAGCAGCAUUCGCAGUCGCCGCAGCCGAAGAAGGUCCCUGUUGUGUAUUACCUCUGCCGCAAUCGCCAUCUCGAGCACCCGCACUUCAUGGAGGUCCCAUUGUCCUCCUCCUCCGAGGCCCUAUACUUGAGAGAUGUGAUUAUUCGGCUCAAUGCGCUGAGAGGGAAGGGCAUGGCGGCGAUGUACUCGUGGUCUUGUAAGAGGAGCUAUAAGAAUGGAUUUGUGUGGCACGAUUUGUCGGAGGACGAUUUGGUUCACCCCGCGCAGGGCAAUGAGUACAUUCUCAAAGGUUCCGAAUUGUUGGAUCGAUCCCCGCCAGAUCGACAACACCAUGGCGCAAGCAACACCAAGAUCGAGAAUUCAAAACAACCGCAACAGGAAUCCCCAACUUCAUGUAGAAACCAAGAAGUUUGCUCUUCUUCUUCCUCCCCCACAAUUUUAGUUGAGGGAACAAAACUUCCCCCACCAUCACCAUUGCCACCGCCGCCUCCUACUCCACCAUCACCACCUCCUUCCACUCUUCGAGAAGAUGAGCCAUGCCACACUCCUCGCUCCGGUUCUUCUGGAAACUUCUCUCCCGAACCCAAAGGAAGAACUGCCCCCUCAUCAAGAACAAGCUCCCUCAGUCCGACAGAGUACAGAAUCUACAAGCCAGUCGGUGCUCAAGAUGCCUCCACUCAAACAGACGAUCGAAAAGGGAAGAACCCUGUUCAAGCGGAAACUCGCACCACCGGAGUUUCCACAGAUGAUGGGCCGUUGGAUUUCCAAGAAAGGGACCCUAAACGUACCCCAAGAUCGAACGAACAGCCAGAGAUGAUCAUUGAAUCAUCGCCGCCGCUAACGUCAUCUAGUGUUUCUUCGGGUGGGAGAAUAGAUACUUUGGAAUCUCUAAUAAGAGCUGAAGCAAGCAAGAGGAAUAGUUUUAGGAUAUUAGAAGAGGAGGAGGUUUAUGUCCCUGUCGCGUCAAGGCUAAGGGCAACGAAUUUGCUCAUGCAUUUGAUUACAUGUGGGUCGAUAUCUGUUAAGGAUCACCGAAGUUUUGGGCUUGUUCCGACUUAUAGGCCGAGGUUCACUCAUAUGAACUUCCCCUCUCCAUUUUUUUCUACUUCGAUGAUGGUGGGAGAUAUGGAUGGCUUCUCGGAGAAGCCAAGGAUGAUGGGAAUGAGGCUUGAAGGGGCAGAAUAUUUUAGCGGGAGCUUGCUUGAGACUAAGAGGCACAAGGAGGGAGAGGCCGGGGUGCCUAUUCUAAAGCGAUCUUCGUCCUUUGACGAGGACAGAACCUCCAAAAUACCUGACUCUAAAGGAAACAAAGAAAACCUAGCGGACUCGUCAAGUGUCAAGUGUCUCCCUCGAGCAAUGAAAAUGGCAUCAUGCCGAUCAGCAAGAAACGAAACGAUUCGUUCACCUAUCUCCGACGCGGGAAACUCCUCGGCCGUGCCAGAGUGCAGUGGCCAAUCCUCCCCUCUCUGUUCAUCGAAGGGCGGAAGUAAAAGAAUAACCGAUUCUUCCUCUGCGAAAGGUUCGUCGAGGAGGUUAGAGUCCUUCAAGGAGGAGAAGGAAAAGGUGAUCAAGAUCGAAGAAAGGCUUGCUUCUGGUGCUCGGGUUAUAAUCAAAUCCAGUUGCGACGAAAGCUAUGAUAGCUCAGAAUCACUGUGAGGAGCCACUCUUUUACUUUCUUCUUUUUUCUUUUUCUUUUUCACCCCACCCCUGUAUGUUGGUUUUCUUCACAUAGCUGAUCUUGAAGAAAAGUUGUUUUGCUAUUGUCAAAAAGUGGCUGUAACUUGUGAGUGCCAUUCAAUUCUUUUAUGAAUUUACUUUCUUUCUAAAUAGAGUCUUGUAAAGCUCUAUGAUUGUUUUGCUAGUUUUUUCUUAAUUCCAGAUUAAUUAAUUUCAAGGCCAGUUGACCCUUUUUGAGUA